AUGGCAACACGCAAUGCCCUGACGUCACUUCCAUGACGUCACUGCUAUUUGUGACGUCAUCGAUGCGAGGUGUAUAUAAGGACCCGAUCGUCCCCCUGCAGUUGUCAUACCUUCAGUGGAUCUCGAGGAAAAUGCAGGUACUUACUGCAAUUGGAAAGGUUCUUUUGGCGGCUUUGGCUGUAUCCGCAGCCAAGCUACCCCUUCCAUCCCAGCCAUCAACUUUAUAUGAAGCUCCCCUAGAAGAUCUACCUGUUCCUGCUCAGACUUCCGUUGUCCCUGCCGAAGUACCUCUAGCUCUUCCUGAACUUCCUCAAGCCACAGCUGAGAUUUCUCAGAUUUCUCAAGGCCCUGCUGACGUUCCUCAAGCCCCUCCUCAGAUUUCCACUUUGUAUGAGGCUCCAGCAGAAGAUCUCCCUUCCCAGUCUUCAAUUCAGGUUCAAAGUUCUGGUCUCCCAGUAUCAGCUCAUGAAACCGACGUUGUUCAAGUUCAAAGCCCAGGAGGUCUUGUUCCUGCUCCUGCUAAACCUUCAGUAGGUUUAUGGGUUCCUAGUGAAACUCUGUCAGCUCCACAUCAACAACCUGCUGGCACUAUAACUGCUGUUCCAGUUGAUUCUACUGCUCAUCAGCAACCUGGUUUGGCCCUCACUUCUCAAGGAAAUAUCCUAGUGUCAAGUGACCAACCAGCUCAUCUUGAUUCUGCCACUGCAACUGGAUCAGGUUCUUCUGUACAGAUAAUCCAGGAGCCUGCUAUACCAUCUACACUAUAUGAGGCUCCUGCAGGAGAGAGUGUAGCACCUAUUCAGCAAUCUCCCUCUGUUCAUACUGCAGUUGUAAACGUUCCAGUACCAUCUGAACCUGCUGUUUUGAAGCCAGUCUCUGUGGAAAAUGCUCCAGUUUCUGUUGGACAUGUGCAUGUUCCUAGCUCCCCUGAACAAGCUAUUCCUGUUCCUGAUGAUCAGAGUACUCUCAUCCAGACUCACGCUGUAAAUGUUCCAGUCCCAGCUGAACCUACAGUUUUACAGCCAGUGUCUGUGGGAAACGUACCAGUUUCUGUUGGACACGUGCAUGUUCCUAGCUCCCCUGAACAAGCUAUUCCUGUUCCUGAUGAUCAGAAUACUCUCAUCCAGGCUCACGCUGUAAAUGUUCCAGUCCCAGCUGAACCUACAGUUUUGCAGCCAGUCUCUGUGGGAAACGCACCAGUUUCUGUUGGACAUGUGCAUGUUUCUAGCACUCUUGAACAAACUAACCCAGGUUCUGGUGAGCAGAAUAUUGAUGUCCAGACUCAGGAUGAACUCGUACCAGUUCCAGCUGAACCAUCUACUCUAUACGGUGUGCCAGAUGAGGACUUCCAGGUACCAUCACAGGUUAGCCAGGCACCAAUUGCUGUUCUUCCUGAGCAAACAGGGCCGAUCGGUCAGUUAGGCACUCCUGCUGACACUCCAGCUGUAAUAAUUGAGGUUGAGUCUUCCGAGUCUCGUGUUCCUGCAGAACCAUCAGGGCUUUAUGAGACUCCUGAUGCUGCUCUACCAGCACAAGCUGAUUCAUCUUUGUCUGUGGUUCAGUCAGCUGCUGUUUUACCCAGUGAUGAAGAAUCUUUCCCUGUUCAGUCGACAUCCCAGGUUAAUGUGCCAGCUAAGCCAUUCCAGGCCAUCCACUUUCCAGAAGAAGGACCUCUUCUGUUGUCAUUCCCGUACCAUCUGUUCCUUCAACCUUAUAUGAAGCACCAACGCUAACGGGAAAAGCUAUGUCUGCUGGAGGUGAUUACCAGAACAUUCUGCAAAUCCCAGCUGCUAGUGGACUAGUACCCAGUAUUGCUAAGGGAAGUGCGAUGAUGGGGAUGCCCUAUGACUUCCAGUGGGGCGUUGAUGACGAUGACUCAGGGGCCAUGUUUGCUCACGUUGAGAAAAGUGACGGGAAAUCCACCAGCGGACAGUACAGGGUGACCCUCCCAGACGGU